GGCUGCAACCUGUCACUACCCAGCGAAGAAGAAUCUGUUUAGAGCGGACAAGACGGAUUUCGGUCAGAAUAUAUGACUGAAACACUGGGAAUUAAGCAUUCAUCUGUAUUUAAACGUCCCCACCACCGGCCAACGGACAUUUGAUAUAGUAUUAUCCUAACUCGAAUAAACAUUUCAGAGCCGUCCUCGAAAACAACCCCAAAAUGGCAGAAAAUUCAGAACAAAAUGAAUCAAAACAUGACAGCUCAUCAUCCCCUGGAAUGACUGACCAAGAGAAAGAAAAGGCAGCCAGCGCAUAUGAGGCAUUUUCGGCAGGAAAGUAUGAAGAGUCUCUCAAACACCUUGAUGCCCUGCAGGAGCUCAACAAAGAGGACUACAAGAUCGCCCUGAACAAAGCUGUUGUAGAUUUUUAUAAAAGUGGUCAGACGACCACAGGGACUCUGAAGCAGACCCUAGUCACAAUGAAGAAUCAGGUUCACACAUCAGCAGAAGAUGUCGAUGGGUUGGAUGAUGUUGAAAACAGUUUGCUGUACUAUAAUCAAGCCAUCAUCCACUACCAUAUGCGACAGUACUCUGAAGCCAUCUCAAUAGGAGAGAAGUUGUACCAGUUUCUGGAACCAUUUGAAGAGAAGUUUGCUCAGGCGGUCUGUUUCCUGCUGGUGGAUCUGUACCUGCUCACCUUCCAGCCAGAGAAGGCCCUCCACCUUUUGGCUGUAUUGGAUAAACUCUCUGUGCAAGGCAGCAACAAGAACGGCAAAGGAGAGAAUAACAGUUCAAACAAAGAAGGAGCCAACCAGAAAGCAGAGUUUGCAGCCAUGAUUGAAGCAGCCAAAUCAAAGAUGCACCAGUACAAGGUGAGAGCCUACAUUCAGAUGAAAUCCUCCAAGGCCUGUAAAAGGGAGAUCAAAUCAGUGAUGAACACAGCAGGGAAUUCUGCACCCUCUCUCUUCCUCAAGAGUAAUUUUGAGUACCUCAGAGGAAACUACCGGAAAGCAGUGAAGCUAUUGAACAGCUCCAACAUUGCAGAGCAUCCUGGUCCCAUUAAGACAGGUGAAUGUGUUCGAUGUAUGUUCUGGAACAAUCUGGGCUGCAUUCACUUUGCCAUGGGGAAACAUAACCUAGGCAUUUUCUACUUCAAGAAGGCGCUUCAAGAGAACGACCACACCUGUGCACAGCUGGGAGACGGCAACAACGGCCAAUCUAAGAAGUUCACAGGUAUCCCCAUGUGUGCUCUACUAGCCAACAAGCGCUAUGAGCUGCUCUAUAACUGUGGUAUUCAGUUGCUGCACAUCGGAAGGCCUCUGGCAGCAUUUGAGUGUCUGAUGGAGGCGGUGCAGGUUUACCACUCCAACCCUCGGUUGUGGUUACGGCUCGCAGAGUGCUGCAUCGCUGCAAACAAAGGGGGCUCGGAGCAGGAGAGCAAAGGUUUACCUUGUAAAAAGGGUAUAGUUCAGUCUAUUGUUGGACAGGGCUACCAUCGCAAGAUUGUCCUGGCAUCCCAGUCUACUCAAAAUACCAUCUACAGUGAGGGCCAGUCAGCAGCGAUCCCCGUUGCAAGUAUGGAGUUUGCAGCCAUCUGCUUGAGGAACGCUCUGCUGCUGCUGCCUGAACAUCAACAGCAGGACACCAAGACAGAGAACGGCUCCAAGAGCUUUAGUCAAUCAGGAAGCACAGAGAGCGGCAGCGAGAACAGUGAUGCCUGCAGUGGGAAAGGUCAGGAGGCUGAUAAGUUCUUAUCUGCAGCUCCAUCAUCUCCUCUCAGAAAACAGGAAGUGGAAAAUCUCAGGUGCUCCAUCCUGGCAUGCAGUGCGUAUGUGGCAUUGGCACUUGGAGACAACCUGAUGGCUCUAAAUCAUGCAGAGAAACUGCUGCAUCAAACCAAGGUGUCUGGAUCGCUCAAGUUCCUGGGUCACCUCUAUGCUGCUGAAGCCCUCAUCUCAUUGGACAGGAUCUCUGACGCCAUUGCUCAUCUCAACCCAGAGAACGUCAGUGACGUGUCAAUGGGAGUUCUGAGCAGUGAACAAGACCAAGGGUCUGACAAAGGAGAUGAGCCUGUCGAGUCCUCAGGGAAGCAGACUCCACUGUGUUACCCAAGCAGUGUGACAGCAGCUCGGGCCAUGAUGCUCUUCAACCUGGGCAGCGCCUACUGCUUGAGGAGCGAGUAUGACAAGGCCCGCAAGUGCCUGCAUCAGGCAGCAUCUAUGGUGAACACCAAGGAGAUUCCACCGGAAGCAAUCCUGCUGGGAGUCUACUUAGAGCUACAGAACGGAAACACCCAGCUGGCUCUGCAGAUCAUCAAACGGAACCAGCUGCUGCCCACAGCAGUCCAGAGGGUCUCGCCAGACUCCCGCAAGAAACAGGUCCAGCCCUUCCAACUGCCCUCGUCCUUUACACAAGUACAGCGCAAAUGAGCCUCCUCAGCUUCCUCUGACCCCCCGAACUGCAUACACACACUAACACAACACACAACCCUAUUUAUGAAGCUGCUUCCCCUCAGCAUCAGGAGCCGAAAGAAAUGGAGAUUUGGCUCUGUUUGAUGAGUGAAGAGUUCUGCUCCAUGAACUGAGACCAGCUCACAUUUUAUUUCCAUUUGACAAAGGAACCAGUGUGUUGUCUGAGCAAUUAAAAUAAAUUUUAUUUACUGUUAA